AUGGAUCUGAACAUUUUUACAUUCAUUAUAAGCACUAUUGCAGAAGGUUUCGCAGUUUAUUUUAAUACGACUCGUUUGGUGCGUACAGCUCUGCAAGAGAAAAAUAGCGAGAUCACAGCUUACAAAAAAAAGUGUGACGAAUAUAAAGAUAAAUUAUGGGAGUGUGAAGAUCGCUUGACUCGUAUGGAAGAAUCACGGAAAACAAAUGAUGAAGAAUUUAUGAACAUUAAAAAAGAAAAUGACAGAAUACGAAGAGAAAAAGAAGAUGUUGAGCAGAAAUUUCGGCAUAUAAAUGAACGAUUUGAGCGAUUAGAUGCUGAGAGAAAUGAGACGCAGAAAGCAAUAAGACAGUUUGAAGAUAAAAUCCAGUCAAUGAAUGUUAAUCAUCAGGAAACAUUGAACGCAAUUUCCGUCAAGCAACAAGAAGUACUAGAUGAACGCCAAAGACGUUUUGAAAAUGAAUUGGAAGAACAUGACAAAAAUAAUUUCAAAAAACUUUUGAUGCUUGAAAAGCAGCUUGAUAAGUCUGGGAUGGAAAUAGAGGAACUUAAAUGUCAGCUUCGAAAUGUCCAUGCUAACUUUACGGCGGAGUGUCGUAAAACAGCAGAACAAGGUUAG